CGCCCGCCUCUCUGCAUCAGCUUCAGAGACGACCAAGACCCAACCUUUUUUUCCCACCCAAAGCACACGUCGCAGAGGGUGGAGAUUUGAUUUUGUCAACCAACCUUACCCUUUGACACCGUCUCUCUGGUUUUCAGCAACCUCAUCGUUCAUUUUUACAAAAGUCACCACUGUGAACCAAAAUGAACUCUGGUUUUCGCAGUAAAGUCCAACGAAACCCAGUGAGCGAGCUUCAAGCGGACUGAAAUCAUGGCCAGGGAAUAUCUUGGUUUGGGUUUCGACCCCUCGGAGAAUUCGAACGCCGACGAUGAAGGUAAAGAGGAAGAAGUUGGGCGCAGACGGUCGCCGCCGGGGAAGAAUGCGAAGCAGCAGCAGCAAUUGAGGAGACGCAGAGGCGGUUGCGCUUCUAUGGAUUUCGGUAAUUCGUCGUCGAGCGAAGUGGGUAUGAAGGAAUUGCCGUCGCCGGCGCUGCUGAAUUUCGAUUCUCUCCCCGUUCCCCCUCGUCACAACUCAUUCCACCGUGUUUCUUCGUCGGAUUUCGGGAAUCAGAUUGGCGGCGGGGGCGGGAUUUCUUUACGGCACCGUGGACGGUCGUUUACCCAGAAGCGGCUUACGAGGCAGAGGAAGCUGCGGCAUCUCAGCGCCGAUGAGCUCAAGAUUUUGACCGAACGGCGUUCGAAUUCUCAACUGGUGUCGCCGGAUUCAUUGGAGAAGCCGCCGUCUCCUCCGGCCGACGGGUCGGACCAUUCGGGUCGGCGGUUUCCGCUGCCCCAACCGUUACCGCUGCCUCAUCGUCGUCUCCACAGGAGGCAGCAGUCUGCGGGUUCUAAUUUGGGGCCGGGUCAUCCACUCGGGUCGCCCGACAUAAUCCCGCUCUCUUCCUCCAGAAAGGUCCGCCAUUCCAGCGACCAAGAGAUCUUCUCGCUAAACCGCUGCCGUCUACACUCGCCGCCGGAUUCGCCGGAUUUCAUCGCCAAGGCAAGGUCUACUGCCGGGAACUCGGACCGUCAGUCUGUAUCACCCUUGCCGCAACCACUGCCGCGGCCUGAUUCGUCCCUGAGUAGGAGGCCAGAGUCGCCGGCUUGUACCGCUGGACCGGAUCAUUUCCGGUCACCGGAAGGCAGCGGGAAGAGCUCGUCUUCAAGGAACGAGCAGAACGAGGUCGCCAGCAGGCCAGCUUCGAGAUCUACGAGCAAUUGCCAAGAGAUCAUCUUGUUCCCGAGAAGCUCAUCCACAAGCUGUUUCGCGAAUCUUUUCCCUUCUCGGCUCGCCACAGAACCGCCAUUGAAAUCUCUCAGCAACCGACGGAGGGAGCUACCCAAGGAUCUGAAGAUCUGCCUUUCCUGCAAGUCUGGUUCGGUUCAUUCCCCACAGAGCAGUUGCUCUAGUCAACCCACCAGUCCACAGAGGUCAACAAAGCCUGAAAAUUGUUUGCCGUGUCCUGACGACGUCCAUUUCCAUUCCGAUUUCGAGGUUCCAGAGUUCAGGCUAACUGGUAUAAUCUCACCAUCGUCAUUGGUGAAGCGUGCGCAAUCCAGCCCUGAUGUUUCCCCACUUCCUAGCCCAACAUUACAGAAAUCGUUCCCUAACCCAAGAAGUCCUACCAAGCCACCAGUUCCAUGGCACCAAACGUCUGAAGGCAGCAUCAAUCAGCUCAAUCCUUGCCCGUUGCCCUUGCCACCUCCUUUGAUUGUUGCAUCUCCAACGCACUCGUAUAAUCCAUCACCGUGUAGGUCUCCGCGUCCUACACUUGAAAAAGUGCCUACUCCACUGAGAAGGAAACAAUGGCAGAAAGGAAAGCUUAUUGGUCGUGGCACAUAUGGAAGUGUUUAUGUGGGAACUAACAGGGAGACUGGAGCUCUGUGUGCAAUUAAGGAAGUUGAUAUUAUUCCUGAUGAUCCCAAGUCUGCAGAAUGUGUAAAACAGUUAGAGCAGGAAAUUAAAGUUCUUCGUCAUCUGAAGCAUCCAAACAUAGUACAGUAUUUGGGCAGUGAGACGGUUGAUGAUCACUUCAACAUAUAUCUAGAGUAUGUUUAUCCUGGGUCGAUCAGCAAAUAUCUCCAGGAACAUUGUGGAGACAUUACAGAAUCUAUAGUCCGCAACUUCACCCGUCAUAUUCUAUCUGGAUUGGCUUUCUUACAUGGGACAAAGACUAUCCACAGGGAUAUCAAAGGUGCAAAUUUGCUAGUUGAUGCAUCAGGCACUGUUAAGCUUGCGGAUUUUGGGAUGGCAAAACAUCUUGCAGGCAUCUCAUAUCAGUUGUCACUGAAGGGCACUCCCCAUUGGAUGGCCCCAGAGGUCAUACAAGCUGUGAUGCAGAAAGAUGGUUGUCCUGAUCUUGCGUUUGCAGUUGAUAUAUGGAGCUUGGGGUGUACUGUAAUUGAGAUGUUCACCGGUAAACCUCCUUGGGGUGAACUUCAAGGGCCUCAGGCAAUGUUCAAGGUGCUAAACAAAUCUCCGCCAAUACCAGAAGCUCUGUCUGCGGAGGGAAAAGAUUUCCUUUUGAGCUGCUUUCGUAGAAACCCGGCUGACAGGCCAACCGCUCAUGCCCUGCUCGAACACCCUUUUGUGACAGGUCAUUCAAGUGAUCUUAAUGGGAAAACCAGCUCUCCGGCUCCCUCUUUCACAAUCCCUAUGGAUAAACCACAAACUCCUAAAAAGCCUGCUGCUAGAAGAUUUGAUGCACUGCCAAUCCUUCAAGUCACAAGGACCAUGAACGAGAGACUGUCGAUGAACAAGCAAGUCAUCAGCAAUUUGCCAGUGGGCAACCAUCCUUUGUCAAUUUUAAGAACUCAUGGAAGGGAGGUUUCUUACAUGUAAGAGCAGAUGCUUCUUCGGGGACUAUGCUCACUGUUAAAGACUUCGGUUAGGAGUCUUAGGUUCUGUUUCUUCUGUAAAACUCACUACCAGAAGUAGUGAGCCUUCGCCAGUCUUGAAGCAGCUGGAUGAGAUAGUCGACAUGUUCGUUACCGGUUGAUUCCUUCGUUCGUUAUAGUAUUUCUUCUUCAUCUUCUUUUCUUCUUAUUCUUCUUCUUCCUUGUUCAUAUUCCUUUUUAGGGUUUAUUGCUUGUUUGUAUAUACUUACAAUUUGCAUUCAUGCACAUGUACCCGAAAGAGAUAGAGAGACUUGUUUCGGCUGGGGGGAAAAAGGGUAGCAAAGAUGAAAGUGUACAUAGGUAAUGGAAGGUAGAGACUGGAAACAGUUUGAUAAUGCAUCCCACGAAAUUGGUUCAUCUCUUUGAUUCAG